AUGGGGAAAGCUUCCCCGAUCCCUUCGGGGAAUCGGUAUAGUAUACUGUCCGACAGUAUACCUAAACCCCCAAAAGCUAAACGCAAAAAACCCAUCAUCACUGAAGACUCUUUCCCGGUAUUACCGGAACCAGUGAAAACAAUCAACGCAAAUGAUCCGAAAUUUAUUUUAAUUAAAUCAACUGAUACCUCCAACCCUAUUGCUAAAUACAGCGUUUUUGCUAAAAAGAAGGCACUGGAUAGCAUUAGUACAGAAUAUAGCUCAGUGGACAUACUUCGCGAUGGGAGCCUACUCGUACUAACUAAAUCAAAUAAAGUGGCGGAAAAAUUUCUAAAAUGCAAAAAUUUCGGUGGUUUAUGUCCAGUUUCAAUUGAAUUACACGCUUCAUUAAAUACAUGCAAAGGUACUAUCUUUGAUCUAAAUCUUGCGAACACAGAAGAACAAGAGAUUCUUGAAGGUCUUAAAUCCCAGGGUGUUGUUGCUGUAUAUAAAUUUACAAAAAUUUGUAACGGAGAAAAAGUCCCAACAGGCCGAAUCGUUCUGACAUUUAACCUUUACAAGGUCCCACAUGACAUUGAUAUCGCUUGGUACUCAGUAAGAGUAGAAGAAUAUUUCCCAACACCAAUGCGAUGCAGAAAUUGCCAACUACUCGGGCACACUAUCAAAAGAUGCAACAACAACCCCACUUGUGAGAAUUGCAAUAUGCCCCCACACAACCCCGAAUUAUGUCAACGUACCAUGUGUGCAAAUUGUCUUGGCUCUCAUUCAGCUUCUGACAAAUACUGCCCUUUAUAUUUGCAACAAAAAGAAAUAUUGAAAAUAAAAACACAGAACAAGUGUAAUUAUAAAGAAGCUAAACGUCUGUACAAAAUCCAUAAUCCCACACCCGUUAACUCAAAGCAAUCUUAUGCAUCGGUUGCUAACUCCACACAACCGCAAUCAAGUACACUCAAUUCAAACUCCAUCUCUCUUUCUAACUGUUCAAACAGCUCUAACGACCCAUCGAUUCCAUCACAAACCAAUAAUAACUCUUACUCUAACGGACCCAAUAAAUCAUUCGAUUUGAUAAAAAAUACCAAUAACAACUACAACACAACAGAUCUGCAAGCUCUCUUCUCUUCCUUCAUUACUUCACACAACUCUCUUCCUCUUACUACUCACGACUCUAAUGUAAAUUCAAACCUCUCAUCUUUUUCUACUCAACAAAAUAUAGUUACUACACACACGGUAACUCCCCAUUCUCUUUCGAUACGUAACUCUAUUAAUUCAACACCCAACUCCUCUUUACUCAAUAACGAACAUAACAUUGCUACCACAUGCUCUUCAAAUAACGCUACAUCUCUUUCAUCCAACCUAAAUCCAACAGAAAAACAAUCUCUUACAACCAUCUCUUAUGAGCACUUGGAAUGUGUAGAUUCACAUCUAAGCAACAAAGUGACUAAAGAAACUUAUACAGACAUCCUCAACAGCGACCACGAAGAACCCGUACUAUAG